AUGCUAGAAUGGACAGAUACACAAACACGUACCCUAAUCAAUGAACGAAGAAAUAGAAAUAUAGAGUACCAUAACCUCGGAAGAAAUCGAAAUGCAUUUUGGAAUAGUAUUGCAAAUAGAAUCAAUCAAGAACACAACACUAGUUUUAAUGGUGGCCAUUGUAAAGAAAAAUUUUUGAAUCUUGUUUGGGGUUAUAAUGUGAUGUGUGAAUAUAUGGCAGGUAGUCGUAGAGCACGAAGAAAUCGAUUGGGUGCACAAUAUUUUGACGAAUUUCGUACACAUUUUUGGGAGAGACCUGAAGAUGAUUUCGAUAGAAUCCGUAAUAUGAAUAGUUCUAACCGUAGACGACGAGGAAUUGAGGAGAAUCAUACACCCGCACCAUCUAUUGGGGAAGUUGAGCAUGUAUUAAGCCAAAUAUCGCCGGGUAAUCAAAGAAGCCGAAGAACAUCCGUUGAUAGUCGAAGAAGUCGAAGACGGUCAGCAUCUCCCUCUCAUAACACACCUUUAACACGUGUGGAUGACAAUGUCAAUGCCGAUGCGGGAGGUACGAUCAAUACUGACACAGUGAAUACAAAUCCACCCUCUCAUGUUGAUGCUACAAGUGCUCAGCAACCACCAGCUAAUGUGGAGGAGAGUUAG